AUGAUUCCAUCUAAAACAUUCAAAGACAUAUAAUCAACUAAGGCAAUCAUUUUAAAAGACUCUCCAAAAAUGAAAAAGACUCAAAGUAAUUAUUUAUUACCCAAUAAAUCUCAAAGUCAUAAACUCAAAACAACUGGUUCUAGAAAUGAAUCAAUCAAAUUAAAUAACAAUUCUGUCUAUUAUCUUUAAGAUAGUACUAAAACUUUUCAUUCCUCUUUAUGUAUUCCUCACAAUACAGAUGAUAAUUAAUAUAAAAAUGAGAUGUAUAUUAAGCAGUAACUAAUUAUUGAAUUAAAUAAAAAAAUCUCUCAAUUAGAAUUAGUUAAUUGUAAUCAAUAAAAAGAAAACCAAGAAUUACAAAAUGAUAUAUUAAUACUUAAUCAAACUAUAGAACAAAUUUGUAUUCAACUUUCUAAAGAAAAAGAAUUAUCAGAAAAUUUGUCAUCAUAAUUGAAUGAACUCUAAACAACAUUAUCUCUCAGAUAAAAAGAAAUCUCGUAAUCCUAAAACCAAAAUUUAAAAUUAAUGGCUUUACUUAAAUCAGGUACACAGAAAAAUGGAAAAGAAAAUAAUCCUGAUUCUAUUUAACAUAAUUAUUAGGAGUAAAUUAAUAUGUUAAAAGAAUAAAUUCAAAUAUAAAAAUAAUCCUUCUAAUAAACAGAAUCAUCACUUUAAAAGCAGAUCUAAGGACUAAACUCUUUUCUAAGUUAAUUCUUCCAAUAAGCAAAAAAUGAUACAGAAUAAUAAAAGUCAAGAUUGUCAUCUCAAAAUGACACUGAUAUAUUCUAAUAAUAAAUUUAAAAUCUCGAAGAUGAACUAGUAAAGUGUGAUUCGAAAUUCCAGAACUUUUAAUAGACAUUAAAUAAUAUAACGGAAAAAUAAAUCAAUUAAAUUACACAGAAUGCCAAUCUAUCUAAUACCAAAGAAAUUUCAAAACUUAAAUAAAUUAUCUAGAUUUAAAAAAAAUAAAUUGAAUUACAAUAAAAAACUAUUUUAAACCAACAUUUUGAGAUUUAGAAUCUAUAAACUUUAUUAUAUAAGAAUGAAUUUGAAAGUAUAACUGAAUAAAAGAGGAACAGUGUUAAGAAAAUUGAUUAAUUUAUGUGUUAGGAACAAGGAUAUUCUCCAAAUGAUGAAAUGUAAUUUCUAUGAUUUUUAAUUAUUAGUUACCAUCUAAAUGAUAGUUAAAGUGAUAUCAAGCCAAAGUAUUUUUUAGAUAGUAUUUAAAAUACUCUUUAAAAAUUUUAAGUAAUUACAGAAGAAAGUACUUUUAGAUAUUGA